UUGAUAUUUGUGGAAGUGAUCCAUGUUUAAAUAAUGGUUCGUGUCUUCCAAAUAUUAUAUCUGGUUAUGAAUGUACUUGCAGAGAUGGCUUUAUCGGUUUAAAUUGUGAUAGUAAGUGUUUAAUUUCAGUUUUUCUCGUAUAAACUUUCACAUAUGUGAUAUGUACUUAGUUUGUGAGUUAGUUUACAAUAUAUAGUUAGUUAUAGCAUUGAAAAGUUUUGUUCAAUACUUAAUUACAUAAGUAAACGCAUUAAUUUAUUAAUUAGGUGAUUACUUAAUUAGUUAAUUAUUGAAACCUAAUUUGCUCAUACGUUAAUAGUUAUCUAGUGGCUUCUUUCGGUUGUCAAAUAAUAGGUUUGUUAGGAACAGCAUUAGUUUUCACAAGUAAUCAUAAUUCAAUUAUUUUAUUUAUUUCAGCUGACCUCUGUGCAAGUGCUCCAUGUUUUAACAAUGGUACGUGUGUGGGAAUUCCUGAAAAUUAUAAAUGCAACUGCCCCUUUGGAUUUGCUGGUUAUGAUUGUGAAAGUAAGUGUAUAGUGCUAACUUUAUUCUUCUUAUAAAAUUUCACCUAACAAAUUUUAGUUUGUGAGAGCACCAUGGUAGAAAGCUCUCGACCCUGUUUUUUAGAUGGACUGAGGCUAGGUGGAAUAAGGUGGAGUGCGGUUGAAUGUGGUUGUAUGAGGACGGUACAGUAUAUGAGGUGGUUUAAUGUUGAGUUAAGUGAUGUCACUGAUGUGCGGUGCUGCGAGCUGGAAUAAGAUGGCGUUAAACAAUGUGGGAUGCUGCGAUGGUGAAGUUACCAUAGAGAUUAUAAAUAACACUAUAGAGGUGGCAUCUUAAUUCAGUCAAAGAAAGAGAACGCGGCUAUUGGGGGGCAAAAAAUUAAAAUGCUAAAAUAAGAGCGAGUUUGAGCCAAAAUCUCUAAAUUCUUGUUUAUGGCAGUUAACUAGUCCCGUUUUGAUUUCUACCAUGCGUUUUUACCUCGUUUGUCUAUAAUAAAUAUAAAUUUUAUAAAUAAAGCGCUCCAAAAUAAUGCUGAUGUCAUGCAAAACAUAUAAUACACCCUAGUUUUGUGACUGUUGUUUUAAUUUUUCCGGUUUCAAGUGUAUUAAACCCAAGAAUUGUGUGGUGUUCAUUUGGUAUUUCAAUUUGCCCCCAUUACCGCUUCCACAUUUCACCCUUGAUGCCCCCUCUAGUGUUAUUUAUAUUCUCUAUGGGAGUUACCUCAUGUGAAGUAGAAACAAAGUAGCUUGAAGGGGUAUAGAGUAAGGUAGUGUGAAGUAAUGUGAGGUCGAAUGAGGUGAGGUACUAAGGAGAAGAUGUCUAUAACGUGCUCAUGUGAAAUAGGAUGAGGUGGGUUAAGACAAAAUAAGGUAAAAUCGGGAGUGUCUAAAGACUUGCUAUAACAGGCCCUAUAAGACUUCUGAAUUAUUUAUAGUAUUGGAAAUGAUGCAGGAUUUCCGUCUAAAUGAAAUAUCUCUGCAAGAAUUUGGUAAAAGUAUUCCAGUCAUAUGGGAAAUGACAUCUGGCAUAAAUGUCACAGUCAACGUAACUUACAACGGUAUCCCAUGCUGUAGUGCAGGGCCACUCACAAACACCACAGGACAGUGUGACUGUCUAAUUUCGGAUCCAGAUCUCUUUGACACCGAUGGCAUGGUGAACAUCUCCGCCACAGCUUGGAACCGAAUUUCUGGACCGGAGACAAAAUCACUUGAUAUCGAGGUAAUGAAAGCGAUAUUUAUUGAUAAUUUUCUAUUUGUAAUUUUUUAAAAUUAUUCUUUCGAAGAAACAAAAAUCAUGACCAUGAAGGAGUUUGUUUGUUUGAUUCAAAAACCUGUUAAGUUUUUUUUUCUAUCAUUUUUAUCAAACAUUAUUCAUAUUUUAAAAUGAUUGGAAAUAUAACUGGUGGUCAGCGCCAACUGAAGACAACUCGCCUUCGGCUUAAUUUAAACUUGUUUAUCAUAUACAACAGUUCAUAUUGUGUAUAUUAAUUAUGUAAACAUAGAAGGAGUAGUUUUUAACGACGGUUACGUUUUUCAGGUACUAAAAAAAAUCGAAGAUAUUUCCUUCGCAAUGUUGACCACCUACGCACAAUUUGGCUCUGGCGUUGAAGGUGCAGGACCCAAUCGUAAUAUAUUCCCAGCAGAAUACCCUGUGGAAUUUAACAUUUCGUACACUGGGGGUCCAGUUGCGACUGUGGAAUGUUCCAUUAUAUGCUCUGUUGAUUCGUUCACUAACAUGACCGAGUAUGCUUUUGAAAAAAGUUUUUCAAGUACAGAGAGCCAAGAUUGUGAUGUAACACUGCAUCUACAAAAUAGUAUUGAUGCUACAGGUAAUCGACACACUUCAUGUAGAGCACCAUCAUGA